AUGGGAGUCCCGUCGCCCCUGCCCCGAACUCAAUCGCCCUCUUCCCGCGUGGCCAAGGCCGCUCCACGCCGGGCAGGCAGGGGGCGCCGGGGAGGGUUAGUGACCCAAGACCUCGGCUGCGUCCAGAAACGGCGCGGGAGGCUCCGCCGCGCCCUCUCCGAGCCCAGUGUCCCCGCAGGCCGCCCCCUGGGGGUCACUCGGCGCCCUGCCAGCCUGGAGCUCGCGGGCCGAAGCGCGCCCUUUCGGCCUCCUUCUCCUCGGCGGCUGUCGCCGCUGGCUGCGCGCCCUCUACUCCGCGCCCUCCAGGCGCUCGCGGGGCCUCUUCUCUCCCCACCUGCCCGCGGCUCCGCGGAGCCGUCCUCCCGCCGCGCCGCGCACGCUGGAGAGCACGGCGGAGCGCACAGCGCCCACUACCGCAACAGCCGCUCGGCGCAGCCCGCCAGCCCGCGCAACUUCCAGCGGCCGCCUCGCAACUUUUCCCAACUCCACCACGGCUGCCCGCCGCCGCCGCCGCCACUGUAG